AGGACCUGAACAAGUCCUGCAGCGAGUGCUGUGUGCCCAUGGCCGCGGCGACCGAGGUUGGCAUUGAACAGGAAAGGAUCAUUUUGAACAGCUGGAUGGUUUACUUCCAAGAAAAAGCGAACGUCUGCUUUUUCAUCGGCCUGGUGAUUGCAGGGAGUUGGGGAGCAUUCUACUUCCAUUUAGUCAGAGAUCGCGUUGAAGGAGAUUGGUAUGCAGAUUGGGUAGUCCGGAACCCUUUGUUUCUUUGGGGCCGAACUUGGCUAGAAGUCUCUGUGUUGGGUUGGAUCUCCUCAGUGGCCUUCGGUUCGGUGCCAGAGUGGGUGGCUGCCUUUCGGAUCAUGUUCACCCUGCAGUUUCACCACGUUGUGGCGGGCAUGGUUGGCCGCAAGGAUGAGGACGAUGCCAUCGAAUAGCCAGUCGUGAGCCACCGGCGCGCGACCGCACAUCGAUUCUGGUGCCAUUUGGGGCAAAUGGAAAAAAAGGCGUGUUUCGCAAGUCAAACACUCGAUGAUUUGCUGGUUGGUGGUUUGG